AUGAGUGAUGAAUUUUAUUAUCAGCUACAUCAUCGAUGUGAUUUGAACCUAUUGGAAUUAGAUAAUGAGUUAUUGGAAAAUUUGAAAUUUCCUCAAAUAAAUGAUGAAUUUGGUAUCAUUUACCGACGUAAUCCAUAUUACUACAAGAAAGUGAUCAAGAUUCUUAUUGAUCAAAUGGAAAAAUGUGAUACGAUUGAUGAAGAAAUUGGUGAAUGGUUAUACGAAGAAUAUGUCAAAUUGAUUAGUGAAGAUACAAAAGUGAAACAAGCAUUAAACCCUACAUUCAAAGAUAUAGUACGAUACGAGUUUGGCAAUGAGAGAUUGAAAAUAGAAAUGGAGGAAACGCCAAAUGUGAUUAGUGGUAAUGGAACCACUGGAUUACGGACAUGGGAAGCUGCAUUGUAUAUGAUAUUAUAUCUUUUAGAACACCCUGUACGGGGGAAUGUUGUUGAGAUUGGUGCCGGUACUGGGAUGGUCAGUAUUGGUAUAAUGAAGAUGCAGGGCCAAAAUAUAUCCAGUGUUUUAGUGACUGAUGGUGAUGAGUAUGUGGCAAAUAAACAAUUACCCAAGAAUUUCCAAUUGAAUGGUAUUGUUGAUGAUACAAGAGUGAAGUUCCAAAAGAUCCGCUGGAACGAGGAUCAUCUGGUGAACGGUGAUGGUCCAAAUGUAGAUUAUUUAGUGGGUGCUGAUGUAACAUAUGAUGUGAGUGUCCUUGAUGAUUUAGUUUGUUGUAUAGAGGAGAUCAUGGCCGAAGGAGUCCGAGAAUGUUUAAUUAGUGCGACGCGCCGUAAUCCGGAAACUUUAUUAGAAUUCGAACGGUUGUUAGUGGCAAAUGGAUUGCAAUGGGAAGUGGUCAGUGAUAGUACAAUGGACUGUCCAGAGUUACAAGCAUUAUUGAAUCGCCCGAUGAUUGGACCAAUCUUGAUAUAUAGUAUUACAAAACAAGAAUAG